AUGGCGGGCGGACGGGCGCCGACCGACACGAAGAUAGCGAACGCAUGCAAGAAGAUUCUGCCGACGGUCGACAUCAAUGUAACGAGCGAGCGGGAUGUCCGCCUGCUCGUCGCGGGGAGCCUGCAGUGCCCGGAGCUGACCCAGGACGAGAGCUUCAAGGCCGUGGUGCGCCGCGAAAUCGGGGCGUACAUCGAGGCAGCAGGCGUCGAUGCGACCGGCGUGGAGCCAGCUGCCAAGCGCAAGGGCGAGGCGGGGCCGUCGGACAACGCGGGGGCGUCGCGGAAGCGUGCCGCGGCUCCCGCGGCCAAGGGGACCCCGAAGAAGGCCAAGGGCGGGGCGAAGGGCGACGUCGAAAUCGCGCUGUCUGACAUGCGCAAGGCGUCCAUCUCCACCUGGAAACAGACGCGGUCCGUGGACGUCAGGGAGUUCUACGAGAAGGACGGCAAGAAGCUGCCGGGGUUCAAGGGCGUGCGGCUGUCGCGCGAGCAGUGGGUCGCUCUCGUCGGCAUGAUGCCGCAAGCGACCGCGGCGCUGGAGGCGGAGGACGGCGGCUUCAACCGCGACCUGGCCGGGAGCAACAAGCGCGUCUCGAUCUACGUCGGGAAGAUCAAGGCGGUGGACGUGCGCGAGUACUGGGAGAAGGACGGGGAGUGGAAGCCUGGCAAGAAGGGCAUCGCGCUCCCCGCCGACCAGUGGGCGAAGCUGUGCGGCGCAGCGGACGCCCUCACCGUCGCGCUGGGCCCACCGCCGGCGCAGGACGCCGCAGCGACGGGCUCCCCCGCGCCAGGAGGCUCCCAGGCGGACGAAUUCUACGUCGACCUGGCCAACAAGAAGCGAUGUACCGUGUCAUACUACAAGGGCAAACUCUACGUCGGGCUGCGGGAGUUCUACCAGGGCGCGGACGGCGUGGCGCGGCCGAGCUCCAAGGGCAUCAGUCUGUCGCCCGAGCAGUGGGCUGCUCUGUCCCCGCAGCUCGAGUCGCUGCAGCAGGCGCUCCACAACCGCGACACGUCCGCGUCGGUGCAGCUGUCGGACACGCGGCGCGCGGUGGUGAGCGAGUUCAAGGGCGCGUUCUUCCUGAAUGUGCGGGAGUUCUGGGUGAAGAAGGGGACGGAGGAGCUGCUGCCGGGCAAGAAGGGCGUGGCACUCAAUGGGGAGGGAGUGGCGGCGCUGGUGAUCAAUCGAGAGCGCAUCGACGAGAAGGUCCGGGAGAUGGAGGCCGAGGGGGACCCGGCUGAGGCCGGGGCGGCGGACGAGAAGGACAAGCACGCGCUGAGGUGA